AUUUCCGCCAUUAUCGCCUGUAGACCAGAAUCCGCCCCGCGUGAAGCCCCAUACUUCCUAAAUCACACAGCGCAAUGCAACGCUGUCAGCCGCUGCCUUUGAAGAAACGCAUGAUCGGUCUGGCUCCUCGUAAGAAGGAAAGUUAGGUGUCAUUAACUUAAGCGGCAGGUCCUCCCCGUGCCUCACCUGUCGGGACAGCAGCAGUUCCGCAGGUAUGCAGCUGUUUGUCACGGCGUAGGCGUAGUUUUUCUUCAGGGAACUUGGAUUUACCGUAAAACCGGGAAGCAAUUCGACCGGUAACUGACAAGAGUAACGUUUAUUUUGACGCCAGACAUCGCGCGAUAAACGGCCGCGCGACGACACACAACUGUUGGAGUUUCCUAACGUUAGUACAACCUCACGUUGCUGACGCGUUAACUUACAGCACGGUUAACCGUGGAACCGGCUCCAGUAUGUCGGGGAUGACAGCCAGUACAACGAGCUACCUGUGGUCUUUACAGGAUGUCCUCGGCCAGGGGGCUACUGCCAGUGUGUACAAGGCUCGCAACAAGAGGUCGGGUGAGCUGGUGGCGGUCAAGGUGUUUAACAUGAUGAGCUACAGCCGCCCUCAUGAGGUCCAGAUGAGAGAGUUUGAGAUGCUGAGGAAGCUCAACCACAGCAAUAUUGUCAGGCUGUACACAGUGGAGGAGCUGCUGUCUAAGCAGAAGGUACUAGUGAUGGAGUAUUGUUCAGGAGGAAGUCUGCUCAGCCUGCUGGAAGAGCCAGAAAACGCCUUUGGCCUGCCUGAAACAGAGUUCCUCACUGUAUUGCAGUGUGUAGUUCAGGGGAUGAACCACCUGCGUGAAAAUGGAGUAGUCCACAGGGACAUUAAGCCAGGCAACAUCAUGCGGCAGGUUGGAGAGGACGGCAAGUCUGUUUAUAAGCUGACGGACUUCGGAGCAGCAAGAGAGCUGGAGGAUGAUGAGAAGUUUGUGUCUAUCUAUGGAACUGAAGAGUAUCUGCACCCAGACAUGUAUGAACGUGCUGUGCUGCGUAAGAGUCACCAGAAAUCCUAUGGGGUGAGUGUUGACUUGUGGAGUAUUGGUGUGACAUUUUACCAUGCUGCCACUGGGAGUCUUCCCUUCACACCGUAUGAGGGACCCCGCAGGAACAAGCCCAUCAUGUUCAAAAUAACUACAGAGAAACCAGUGGGUGCAAUAGCUGGAAUACAGCGGGUGGAGGGUGGACCUAUUGAGUGGCGCUACCAUCUACCUCACAGCUGCCAACUGUCACAGGGUCUGAAGGUGCAGCUAGUUCCAGUGUUAGCAGGUAUACUGGAGGCUGACCAGGAGAGGUGUUGGGCUUUUGACCAGUUCUUCACAGCCACAACAGACAUAUUGCAACGGCAGCCAGUUCACCUCUUCUCUCUGCAGCAGGCCAUGGCUCACUGUAUCUACAUAAACCACUACAACACGGUGUCAGUCUUCUUUGAGGAAGUGGCUUCUCAGACUGGCAUAGGGGUUCAGCAGCAACAUCUUCUGUACCAGGGUCAUGACCUCCCUCUGGAAGGCAACAUGAAGGUGGUCAACCUCCCGCGUACUUCACCUGAACGGCCCCUCAUUCUGCUCAGCUACGGGUCCGAAGCAAAGACCAGCCUGCCCUUCCGAGAACCAGAGACUCCUGUUAUCCCAUCCAGGUUUGACGUUAUGGCAGACUACAAUUUCUCCAAGGUGAUAGUAGGAGUGGUCCAUCAGUAUCUGAGGAUAGUACAGUUGCUGCAAACACACCGAGAGCUGCUACUACAAGGAUACUACACCUACAUGAUGAGGAUGCGCAGGCAGUGUGGAGAUGCCAUUCACAGUAUUGCGAUGAUCACCAUUAGACUGCAGUCCUGCCUCAACUUGGAGCACAGGGUUCACACACUUGGCUAUUACGCUUCAGAAAACCAAGGCUCAGCUGAUAACAGUCAAAGGCUGAAGCUGGUCCAUGAGCAUCUGCCUAUAUACACCAAGGGCAUCCAAGAGUUUCAGAGCCGACUGGACCACCUGCAGAUAGAGCAGGCCAAGCUAGCAGAGACCCUAGCUAAUGACAAGAGCUGUCAGAAGAUGGAGAUGCUGCUGCAGAAGAUUACAGCAAUUCAUCAGCAAUAUCGUAAAGACAGGCUUACUGGCAAGUUGGCAUAUAAUGACGAACAAAUCCACAAGUUUGAGAAAAUCCACCUGUUGUCCCACAUUAAGCGAGUGAAAUCUCUCUUAAGAGAGGACUGCGUGCUGAGAUACAAAGAGCUUUUGGCCUCAGCAAGGACAUGGAACAGUGUUUUACAGGAGAUGCAGACCCAACUGCAGGACUUCAGCUCUUUCUCGACAGGCUUGUUGGCAGACCUGGAUAUGAGUGAGCAGCGCCAGAAUAAGGCUGUGGACAGAAUCCUUUUCACUCUGCAGUCCAAAAGGGCAGGACAGCAGCCUGGAAUCACACCCAGGGACAAGGACCAGAUGGUCUCCAGGAUGCACCAUCUGAAGGAGGAAAUGGAGAUUUUGGUGAGGGAACUACAGUGUAACAACACCAUUAUAGAGAGUUUGGGAGCAGUGAACUCUGCAGCAGCUCUAGAGCCCAGCUUGGCCAGACCUUCCACACUGUGACAAAAGUGCAGCGCACAUAGUUUAAACUUACAGAUUCACAUCCACUCUCUCUCUGACAAACACCUUAUUUUAACUGCCGUUAAUGAACUUUUAUGGACAAUUUACUGGAUCCUCUUUCAAGGACCGACUGCAGUUGGCGUUAUAUGAAGAGGAAGCAACUGAAGACAAUCAAUAAAAUGUGAAUCUCAGUUUAAAGAUAAGAUGUAUCGACUGGAGAAGGAGGAAAUGCUACUGAUGGAUUCUGUGCGUGCGUGUAUGGUUGGCAACCGAGUACAGCAGUUCAAUACAAACCUCAUUAAUGCCUUUAGUGUUAUUGUAUUUCUAAUAGGCUGCCACAGUGAUGGACUGUCAGGAUAGAGAGAAAAAUGAAUGCCAAGUCAACAGCUAGUGCGUUUCUAAGGCUGUGUCUCUUCUUUGUCGCAGAGAAGAAGCACUGUUGAAUCUGGAGAACCUUUUACAUAAACAUUUAACCAGAUUGAAGCUAUCUCUUUCUCUGUGUACAUAUGAGUUUCUACGUCAGUGUGUUUGUUAAAGGAAGGGCCUUAGUGAUCUGCUGUGUUUUUCCUAACGCUUGAUCAGUCAAAUGUUUCAGUGUGACUCUCUUUUUAGGUUCACUUCAAGAGUAUCAUUGUGAAUUCAAUGAAUUAGCCUCAGCGCUUGAUUUCGUCAGUGAUGGUGAGGCUCUCUAAGCACAGUGCAGUACGGUGGUUCUGAAGUUAUUGUUGUUUCUGUUCCUGUUUAUGUUUAGCCAGUUCAUUUCUCUGGGUUUUAUCAUCUUUUAUUUUCAAACAAAAUCAGGGAAACUCAGCACUCACCACAGUGUCUCCUUUUUUAACAGAACUACAUGCGGUUAACACGGCCUUGUGACUGCAUAGAAAAUGUAUGAAACGAUAUCAGCCAGUGUGGUUAAUAAAGGUGGGGAAAUCCCAUGGGUUGUUAUUUGUUUAUGAAGAGGUCACAGGUGAUGCUUCUACGUUACUCACUUUUACUGUAUUUUCUUAAUAAUUUGUUUACAUAUUUUUAGCCUCAUUUGUUUUGUUGAAGGUACUAUAGGACAAAAAGUGAAAGUAACAACUUUUUACCUCUGUGAAGUUGAGUCACCGUGUUCUGAGAAGUUAGUAAAGUCCUGGAUGACUGUGAUAACAGUACACUCACAUUAAGUUUGCCCUCCAAUUCCUUUAACAUCAGAUUUGCUGUGGGAAUUUGCUGUAACUGGGCCGGGAAGAUGAAACGUCCCAAACAAAAACAGAAAUGAAGUGAGCUGCUGUGACACAGCAAAGUACAGAGAAUGAAAGUGAAAGUUUUUCACUCAGUCUGUGUGGGUGUGGUGUAGGUGCCAUCGGGGGCUUUCUAGACAUGGGGGGGGGUGAUGCCUCUGUGGUUUUGUACGGCUCACAUGAUGUGUUUUUGGCAAAGUGGAAAUUUUUGACUUUUCUGUUUCUAGCCUACACAAACAAGCGUAACAGUGUUUUCAUCACCUAAAUUUUCU